GCUCCCAGCCUCCCACUUUUCGAGUUGGUCACCACCACCUGACUGUCAACGGCAGUACCAUACCAUCGUCGUCCUCAACCGCCAUCUCGGGACCUCUAUCAAUUCAAGAGAGCGAGCGCAUGCCCAAUACCGACCUCUCUUUGAAUCCACUCCUUUGCAGAAACGCUUCACUACAAUCCUUCUCAAGACUCUGUAUCCUGCGACCCACACUGGCUCUUUUGUCUCCAUUUCAACAUCUUAUUUCCUGUUCACCCGGCCAACCAGCAAGAAAGUCUCGAAUCGAAACCGACAAGGCUCUUCCAGAGCCCGAAUUCACUGUUCACCAGCACCGGCUAUUCGAAACCUUUCAAGAAGUUUGAAAACUCGUGGCUAAGCCAGCUAGCUACCUUUACGCUGAGGAGCUUCGUCGCUGGCUUCAACUCCGUCAGCAUUCAUCCCAGUACCUCACGUUCCCGGUGCUUGGGUGUUCCUUGUACUCCGUCGAGUCUGGUCUUUACCUUCACUCAAAGAAAAGACUCAAUUGGGCUUUAGAAAGGUUCAAGUCAGCUGGUGCUCGGCCAUUAUUACAUGGUCGUUCUUCUAGUUUUCUCUAAUCGGCUAGUCUCUACCCUGGACUGAAGACCCGAAAGGGGACCUCAUUUCAUCGAGUUGCCUGACUAUCCUAGAUUCUACACAGAUACUGAAAGCUCUCUCCAUUUCAUCACAUACAGAAUUUGGCAACUUACCGUACCUUCCAAGAGACGACGCCGAGGUUUUAGUCGCAAACUACAAGCACAUCCCUAGCAAGCCACACGUCUUUUCCAAAAGUCUACUUUCAUCACCCAGAGACUGCAUAUCACAAUGGCUCCCGCCAACUUCAAGACCUACGAGGCCCAGGCCCGUCUUCUCCGCGCCAUCGUGGCUGCCCAUCCGGAGGUCAAGUGGAACUACAAGGACAUUAAGAAGUUCUAUGGAUCGGACAUGACCAAGGAUGCUCUCAAUCAUCGCUUCAGAGCCAUUCGCAAUCAUAUCUGGACGCUUCAACAGGCACAUGACCAGGGCAUCGACUGCAAAGACAUUCCUGUGGACCUGCCCAAGGAGAAGAAGGAGAUUGCCAAGUUCUUUGGCGAGUCCACCACCGACGGUAUUCAGUUCCAGUUCCGAGGCAUCAAGAAGGAUGCCGAAUCUCUCAAGCAGACGGCCAACAGCGGCGGCAAUCCCGCCACCGCCCUGAAUCUUCCGGCCAGCGCGACCUCGAGCGCCUUCUCGACUCCUCGCAAGCCACGCACUCCCUCCACCAAGACUCGUGUCUCGGGCGGCGGCCGCUCGACCACUGCCAAGAAGACUAAGCAGAUCAGACCUGUAGCCGUCUCAGAAGAGGACGACGAGGAGGACGAAGAAGUCGACUAUAACGAAGUCGAGGACACUCCCUCCAAGAGCCGCGUCCGUGACCGCAUCCUCGAAGGCCGUGUGUCUAAAAACACGCACACCCCCAACCCCCGCCGCAGCGCUACUCCGAGCCGUGCCGCUACCAUCGCCGCGGCUGCAAACAUUGCCCAGGCUGCUGCCGUCGACCUGACCACUUCCGACAGUGAUGCCAACACAUCCGACAAUGCCGCAGGCUACGAUAUCCCCGCCUCUAUCGACGCGAAGCCCGUCGUCAUGCAGCAGCAGACGCAGUCGCUCUUUGCUGACCCCACCCCUGCUUAUGAGCAGCCCAUCGCCCACCCUGUGGUUCAGCCUGCGAUCCAGCCUGCGAUCCAGCCUGCAAUUGAGCCCGCUAUCCAGCCCACUCAUAAUGGCGAUCACUCCAGUCACUCCAGCUUCGACCAUUCCCAGGGUACCGCCCCUUUCAACGAUGACUCGCUCAUCUUCAGCUUCGUCGACACUAUGGAGCACGGCAAUGGCGACUUCAACCCUUACAUGGGCAAUGAUGGCGAGAUCUAAGGCGGCCGCUUCGGCAGUCUAGAGACACGCGGGGACAUGAAACAUUUCUGGGUCUGCUUUACGCGUGGGUUCUUUAAGGUUUUGCUCUACGGACUGAGUUUUCUUUUUGCUAUGCAUCUUUGGGAUACCAUCACCCAGACUUGGCGUUGGGCCUCCUGCUUUUCUACCAGUCUAUCGGUAAAGAAUUUGGAUACCUUCCUUGGGAAGUAUGUACAAAAGAACAACGGAAGGGAAACGAACUGGCUCGUUUCGACUCUACUCUAAACAGUUAAUCUCUCCACCAGGCUCGCAGAGCUGAAUUGAGUGAAAGAGAUACUUAAUAUGAUACCAAGGCACUAGGCCGAUAUGAUUUGCACUUUUCCUUUCCUGAGCCACGCGGUUAUUUGGUGUAGUGGGUAGUGUAUGUUUUUCUUUCUUUUUUGAUUAUUAUUUCCUCCCGAGGGAUGAAGGUGGCUGUGCUGCGCUCCGGAUCAAAUUGCUUCUUCUUGAGCGCUGUUGAAAUGGUCGUGCCUAAAACAGUACAUAGUCGGACCCCAAGGCCAGCAGCAACGGGAGACAGUCUCAAGAGCCAAUCUGACGGGUAUCUCCAUUUGUUUAUUUUUACUUCUCAUUUACUAUUGCCAGGAAACCGUAUAGAGAAACUAACCAUCGUCCGUCUGGCUAUUCAACUCCCACCCCCUUUUUUGUGGUUUGGCUUUUACAAUUCCUUCCGACAACC